UUUCAGGCCGCUCUAUCCGGUCUAGUGCUUUGACGAACCUGUUAGAGCUUUCACAGUCGCAGCUAGGGCACACACCAAUCUCCAUUUAGAGAGAGAGAGAAUGCCAUUCAUAAGCAAGACACAGAGACAAUCAGAUUACAAUCUCUUCCCUUCAAGUUGUCCAAUUGUUAUCGACAAUGGCGCUUCCUAUUUCCGAAUCGGAUGGGCAGGAGAAACUGAUCCUCGCAUUAUCUUCCGAAACAUCGUUCAAAGGCCACGCCAUAAAGUUACAGGUGAAACUGUCACAAUUGUUGGUGACCAUGAUCCUGCAUUGAUGAAAUACUUUGAUUGCACACGGUCAGGACCUCGUUCGGCCUUUGAUAGUGAUGUUGUCUUUCAGUUUGAGAUAAUGGAAUAUAUUCUUGACUUUGGAUUCGAUCGGUUGGGUGCAAAUCGAUCACAGAUUGACCAUCCUGUCCUAAUUACAGAAUGUGCAUGCAACCCAGUACAGUCUCGCAGUAAAAUGGCAGAACUUCUAUUUGAGUCCUAUGGGGUUCCAUCAGUAGCAUUUGGUGUUGAUGCUGCCUUCAGCUAUAAGUAUAAUCAACAACUUGGCGUUUGUGAUAAAGAUGGUCUUGCCAUCUGCUCAGGGUUUACCACAAGUCAUGUUAUCCCAUUUGUCAACGGAGAACCUGUUUAUGAGGCAUGCUCCCGAACAAAUGUUGGUGGAUACCAUGUCACUGAUUACUUGAAGCAACUUCUUUCACUAAAAUACCCUCAUCACAUGUCUAGACUAACAUGGGAGAAGGUUGAAGACCUGAAAAUGGAACACUGUUAUGUUGCACCAGAUUACGCUUCAGAGGCUCGAUUAUUUCAGCAAGGGACUAAGGAAGUUGAAGAGAAAACCAGGUGUUGGCAGCUCCCGUGGACGCCAUCACCAGUUGAAGAGCCACCCUCAGAGGAGGAGAUUGCUAGAAAGGCAGCUCUUAAGGAGAAACAAGGUCAGAGAUUGCGGGAAAUGGCUGAGGCAAAGAGGACUUCUAGGAUAAAUGAACUAGAAAAUGAAUCAAAGGGUUUGGAAUUUCUUCUACAGCAGCUCAGGCAUGUUGAAGGGAGUGACAUUCCAUCUUUCCUCUCAGAGACUGGAUAUGUCUCUAAGCAGGAAAUAGAAUCUGCUCUUCUGAAAGUAACACAGUCUUUGCGAAAGGCAAAGGGCGAAUUAGUUGAAACCGAGGAGAAGGUAGAUCCUUCCACAGCUGAAAAGUAUUCUCUUAUCAAUAUACCUGACAACAUGCUGACACCGGAGCAGCUCAAGGAAAAGCGCAAGCAGUUGUUUCUCAAAACCACAUCUGAUGGUCGGCAGCGAGCUAAACAGAAACGCUUUGAAGAGGAAUUGGAAAGAGAGAGGCAAAACAAACAUGAUGAAGAAAAAAGAUUGGAGAAUCCAGAGCUUUAUCAGGAGCAGUUGCGUGCUAAAUACAAUGAGCUCUCUGAGAAAGUUGAGCAGCGAAAACGACUUAAGACUAAUGGUGGCCACACGAAUGGAAAUCAUAGUAUGUCUGGAGCUGUUGGCCGUGGUGAGAGAUUAAAUGCUGCGCAGAAGGAAAGGAUGCGUCUCUUGACAACAGCAGCGUUUGAUCGUGGGAAGGGUGAGGAUACUUUUGGUAUCAAAGAUGAAGAUUGGCAACUCUACAAACUGAUGAGCAAAGAUAAUGAUGAUGAUGACGAGGGCCCGGAUGAGGAUGAAGCCGAGUUAACUCGCAUCUCGUCUAGGCUCAAGGAAAUAGAUCCUACGUUUGUUUUUAAGUCAGAAUCAGGGUCCUCUGCUGCUGAGGUUCCACGGAUCCGUCCUCUGACUAAGGAAGAUUUCCAAAUCGUUCUCGGGGUAGAAAGAUUUCGGUGCCCUGAAAUUCUGUUUCAUCCUAACUUAAUCGGGAUUGACCAGGCGGGGUUAGAUGAGAUGGUUGGGGUCUCAUUAAGGAGGUUUCCAUCAAAGGGUGAAGAAGGGUUGGACGAGAGAAUGACUAAUUCGAUCCUAAUGACUGGUGGGAGCUGCCUUUUCCCCGGUAUGGAUGAACGCUUGGAAGCUGGAAUCCGUAUGAUUCGACCAUGUGGGACCCCGAUACGGAUCAUCAGAGCAUUGGACCCCAUUCUUGAUGCAUGGCGUGGAGCUGCUGCUUAUGCUGCGGCGAUGCAAUUCCCACAACAAACAUUCAGCAGAAUGAUGGAUUAUUAUGAGAAGGGUGAAGAUUGGCUACGGAGAUAUCAACCAAGGUAUAACCUAUGAUCAUCGUGCUGGUCACCCAGCAAGGAUGGAAGAGAGGUGGUUUAUUAAAUGAAAAAACAAAAACAAAAACGAAAUGGCAUGUGAAGGGCUCAAUUAUAUAUCUGUCAAAUAUUAAUGCAUAUAUGCUGCUGAUGUUCUCCGAUUUUGAAUGAGUCGUGUUUUAUAUGCCAAGAAAUCCAGCACCUUCAUGCCUCUUAUUUAUUUUUAUUUAUUUUUUUAAAAAAAACUUUAGGAUAUAAAUUAAGUUGGGUCAUAUUUUUUAUUAUUGAAAUGUUCAUCAUUUGUGAAAUAGUUUAGUGAGAAGUAUUUUUGUUGUUUUGGGAG